UUUUGCUAUUUCCAGGCGCGAAGUGCCAGCUGUUCAAUGUUUAUUGUUUUCCAAGUUUAAUGUUUUGAUUUUUGUUGAUUUCCAUUUAAAUAAAAAGUACCAAAGUUAUGUAUGGUAUUUAGUAUUACUGCCACAGGGUUUAGUUAACUUGUAUAUAAGACCAAAUUCUACGUAGAGGAUUAGGAAUUGGUAACAAGCGUAGGCUGGAGUGAUAUGAUCAGGCAGAAAUAAACACAAUUACCACAAAUUAAGUUAAAACAGUGACCUAUAAUCGCUUACUUAAUUAAAAAAACAUCUGUAAACGGUAAAAUAUGUCACAAAUAGAGGCAAAGUUGAAAGAGUAUAGAGCACUUAGAAAGCGACAACAGUUUAUAGAUAAUAUCAAACAAAAAUUGGACAACUCUAAAGACAAGCUCAUUAACUUUUUAGUUCCAAAAUCAGUUGAAAUGGAUAAAAAAGAGGAAGAAGUUAUAUUGUUGGAAUGUGAGGAACAUCCACCAAAUAAUAGCUCAAAAUUACUACUUGAAGAUAUAGUAGAUGUAACAUCGGAAACUAGUGAAGUUGAAUAUGAAGAAAAUCAAGAAACAUGGGGGUAUUGUGUGCUAAAAUGGUCAAUAUAUGGUGUUAUUUGGUUAACCUUAUAUAUAAUUUUUCUAAAUCUACAGUUUGGUGCAGUAUUUUUUGUUAUAUCAGUACUUAUUGGCAUUUGUUUAAAUACAAGUACAAGACCUAAAAAGAAAGGUGAAAUUUCAGCAUAUAGUGUGUUCAAUAAAAAUUGCAAAAGUAUUGAUGGUACACUAAAAGCCGAACAGUUUGAAAAAGAAAUUAGAUAUGGUGCAGGAACUGUUCGUUAAUUUUAAGCAAAUUGUUAUAUACUUUGUAUUCGUUUUAAAUGUUAUAUAUUACAAAUAAAUAAAACUAAUUUAAUCA